AUGCCUAAAAUUAGCGUAAAAUCAGAUGAGAUAAAAAUAAUGAAAACAUUAAAAAGUAAUUAUUUGGUUAGUCUCAUUGAUACAUGCAUUAAAAAUGAGGAAGAUUGCAUUUAUAUUAUUACCGAAUUAUGUGAUAUCGAUUUGGAUUGUCAUCUUAAAUAUCAUACUAUUGAUGGUACAUUAUCAUCUUAUAAUUUAAGGCGGCUAAUAGAUAAUAUUAUUCGUGGAUAUAAUGUUAUUUAUAACUUUCAUAUUGUACAUCGUGAUAUUAAACCGCAAAAUAUUUUGAUCAAAUAUCGAGAGCAAAAUUUGUUUGAAACAGCAAAAAUUUCUGAUUUUGGAAUAUCUCGAAUUCCAAACGAUAAAGAUCAUAAAUUACUAUCAAAUGUUGCCGGUACACUGUAUUAUAUGGCACCUGAAGUAGGCGCAAAUAUUUUGAGGAGACAUGAGUAUGGUCAUGAAGUUGAUAUAUGGAGUCUUGGAUGUGUCUUUUAUCAGUGUAUUAUGGGACAGGUACCAUUUAAUGAACAAGAAUUAUGCCGAAUGUUUCUCUUCGUAGCAUGUGAUAACUAUGAUGCAUAUGAUAAACCGGAAUUAUCAUUCGAUAUCGAUGAAAAUAUUGCUAGAAUGGUAAAUUCUCAAUUGGAAAUUGAUAGCACUAAGCGAGCAACUCCACAACAAUUGUAUAAUGAAAUUUGCGAAUGGGAUUGUGAUAGGCGAUAUAGUUAUGAUAGCUUAUAUGUGGAUGAUAGUUUAAGCUAUCGAAGUAAUUACAGUAUCAUAGAAUUUGAUGAAAUCAAUUAA